AUGAGCAAGCUUCCUCUGAAGAGUCCUUUGGCAUCUCCGGUGUCAGAGGGCACGAAUUCCAGGCUAGAGUCUUUGGACAACUUGUCAAUGGACAGUUUUUGGCUGGAAGUAGAGAACAUUAAACAGAGCGCUGAAGCCGAACAAGAGGAAUGCAGCCUUGCAGAUGUCAAAACACAAGAGGAGGGAGAAGCUGAAGCUGAGUGGCUCCAGGACGCGGGUCUGUCUGACCUCCUCGGGGACCGUGCCUCCGAAAAUGACAACAUCGUGCUGCUCUCCACCCUGACCAAGACCCAGGCCGCUGCUGUGCAGCGGCGGCUGGACACCUACUCCCGGUCUCGGAGGAGGAAGAACAAGCAUCCUGUGCGUGAUGUCCGAGACAUUUUUGGAGUGGUCAGCUCAGAGGAGUCAGCAGCAGAGAAAAAGGAGUCCAGCCCAGAUCAGUUGUGGCACAAUCUACGGACUUCAAAUGUACAGAGAAAAACCCAGGAUUACUCCUGCCCAGUUCGAAACCCUGGAAAAGAGGAGGUGUUCAACAUGGAUGUUGCCUACUCAGAGCAAGCGGCUGUCCUGCUCAAGGGAUCGUUCCUGUCUGAAUCUAGGAAGUUAAAGGAUGGAAAUGCCCUAACUAAAUUUAAGAUCCCCAAGGGUAGACUAGGAGUGACCAGGAUUGGAGAUCUAUCUGCUCAGGACAUGAAGAAGAUCCCAACACUGGCCCUUAUUGAACUAACAGCUCUCUGUGAUAUUCUGGGCUUUGAGCUGAAGAGAAACAAAGCACCAAAACUGAAAACAACAGAGAAAAGACUCUUUGGAGUUCCACUUCACACCCUAUUGGAAAAUGACCAAAAACUGCUCCCCAACACCAAGGUCCCUCUGUUACUCCAGGCGCUGCUGUCCUGCUUGGAAAAGAGAGGACUUGAAACAGAGGGCAUUUUGAGAGUUUCUGGGUCCCAGACCAGAAUCAAGAGUCUGGAACAGAAGCUAGAAAGGGACUUCUAUACUGGCCUUUUCCGCUGGGAUGAAGUCCACCAGAAUGAUGUAUCGGGGCUACUGAAAAGGUUCAUCAGAGAGCUGCCGGCCCCGCUGCUGACUGCAGAGUACCUCCCUGCUUUUGCUGCUGUACAGAGUAUUCCAGACCUGAAGCAAAGAUUGCAAGCUCUAAACCUCCUGAUCCUGAUUCUGCCAGAACCCAACAGAAACACUCUAAAGGCUCUACUUGAGUUUCUCAGCAAAGUGGUUGCCAGGGAGAACAACAACAAAAUGAACCUCUGGAAUGUUUCCACAGUCAUGGCCCCAAACCUCUUCAUGCACAAGGGGCUGCCAAACAAGAUCCCUGAAGGGAAGGAGAAACAGCUGGCAGAAGGGGCAGCUGAUGUUGUGCGGACGAUGAUCCAUUACCAGGAUUUGCUCUGGACAGUGUCCUCUUUUCUGGUAGCUCAAGUGAGAAAGCUGAAUGAAAGCAAUAGCAAAAGGUACCAGUUCUGCGACAAACGAAUUAAGAAUUUGUUGCGGAAGAUUCAUGCUGAUAAAGACAAGGUGGAGAAGAACCAGGCAGAGCCUUCCAAGAUUGUGAAGGUCCAUGCUUCGCUUCUCCUGAAGGAUUCGCUAGAGGUGCAUUUGAACAAUGCAACAAGAGUUGCUGAUGUCUUGAGGCAAUUUCAGAAGAACCUGUGCCAGAACGGCUGGAACAUUGUUAACACUGUCAACCUCCUCAAGUGUAACAACUCAAUGGAGUGCACAAACUUGCUCCUGUAUGAAGUGGGAGGCAAUAUUGGUGAACAUUGUCUGGACCCAGACACUUACCUCUUAGACUUGUACCACAUCAAUCCGCAUGCUGAGUGGAUAAUUAAGCAAAACCCAUCUUAUCCUCGCAUGUAUUAAGGAAAGCAUGAGCAAAAGGAAGCAUUUGGCUGAAGUGUUUGGAAGGCGUGGGAAAGCUGUAGAGAUGUUCCUGGUAUAG